GGCUUCUGGACGUCGCCCUCUUCCUUUGAACAUCCACCUCAUCCGACAAAAUGGCGCCCGCAGCAACCGGAGGCAAGAAGCAAAAGAAGAAGUGGUCCAAGGGCAAGGUCAAGGACAAGGCCCAGCACGCCGUCGUUCUCGACAAGGCCACCAACGACAAGCUUCAGAAGGAUGUCCAGUCCUACCGUCUGAUCACUGUCGCCACCCUUGUCGAUCGUCUCAAGAUCAACGGCAGCCUUGCCCGCCAGGCUCUCAACGACCUUGAGGCUAACGGCCAGAUCAAGAAGGUCGUCGGUCACUCCAGCCUGAGCAUCUACACCCGUGCCGUCACCGCCGAGUAAACUUCUCGUCUCUCGUCUUUUCUCGCGGUUUUCUUUUCCUUGCUACGAAUGAUAUCAUUUACCAUGGGAAGCCCGGCUGGGCAUGAUGCAUAGUGGAUUAACGUCUGACUCUUGAAGAGUGUGGAACAUUCGCACUCUUGGCCUACGUCAGGUAGUGCGAACUGAAUCAAAAAAUCUACAAAACUUCAUGAAAA